GUUGUCAUAAAGUCACGUGAAUGUCUAAGCCCUCUCUCCUAAGACUAAAAACUCUCCUUUUAAGACUCCCCCACCAAUAUCUCCCUCUGGAUCAAUUCCCCUAUCUUAUUCCUUCUUUCAUUUCUUGAUCACUUCCCAGCUUUGCCCAUGACUACUCCUACUGAUCACAUAAAUUAUUCUACUCCUUUUCAUUUUGGGCUUAAUAAUAAUAAUGAUGAUCAUGAUAUGAAGUACAAUUCUCUUGUUAACCCUAACUAUCAGGCUUCUUCAACUACUUCUCACUCAUCCUAUCAUCACUUUUUCGUCAACUCAACUACUGAUCAAACUGGAAAUUAUAAUCACCAUACGGAAUAUUAUAUGCCACAGCACCAACCUGAGGUGGAUAAUGAUGGUGUAUCAUAUGAUCUAGGGAAGAAAAACAAGGUAAGUAGUGGCCUCAAAUUGACUUUGUGGAAGAGAGAAGACGAGUUGGUGUCUUCAAAGAUAAAAGACUCGGAUCAAGCAAGAAUGAAAAACACCACCAAAAAUACUUGCAUCAAAUUGAAGUUGGAAGAUCAGAAGCAAAAGCUAUCACCUCCUUUAGAAACUGAUUACAGCAGCAACAGCUCAAACUAUAUACCUAUUAGGGUUUGUGCUGAUUGUAACACUACUAAGACCCCUCUUUGGAGAGGUGGUCCCAAAGGACCUAAGUCACUGUGCAACGCAUGUGGAAUCCGACAAAGGAAGGCAAGACAAGCCAUGGCAGAAGCAGCUGAAGCUGCAGCAAUUGGGAAAACUCACACAACUGAUCAAACAUCAUCUUCAACAAUGAAGAUAAAGAUACAACACAAGGAGAAGAUAGCAAAAGUUAAUACAAAUCAUGUUGCUCCCUACAAGAAAAGGUGCAAAUUUAGUCCAUCUUCCUCUAGUACUAAUGCACCAAAGAAGAUUGGUAAUUUCGAGGAUUUCUUGAUAAACUUGAGCAACAAUUUGUCAUUCCACCAAAUUUUCCCACAAGACGAGAAGGAAGCAGCAAUUCUCUUAAUGGCAUUGUCUAGUGGCCUUGUUCAUGGCUAAUUAUUGUCUCAAUUAGUUAGCUAUUUUUCAAGUGAGCACUUCAAAUUAAGGUCAAUUAGAAUUUCUUAGGUUGCCUAAUUAGACGGAAGUAGCACUAAAUCAAUAGUGUGAGUUUGUGUUUGAGAUCAUAAUUACUAGAAAGAGUAAUACUUAUAUGAGUGUUAGCAAGAGUGAGAGUAAGUUGAGUCACGAAAUUUUUAAUAAGAUAUACUAGGAGU